AACAUGAUUCCAGGCAGCUUCUGUCGCCAAGAGCAUCUACCUACACCGAUUUACGUUUGGCGAGAGGGACAUGCGUAACAUAGAAAAUCCGGGGCUGUAGCCCCCGGAUACAGAAGUAAGACCCAAUGAUAUAUAAAGGGUUAUUGUGAGCUUCUGAUAUUCCGACUUUCUGCUCUGUAUACUCCAGCCUGUCCUACCUUCUACCCACUUUAAGUAAAUAUUCCGGCCUCUGAUAUAUAAACCAUGGCUUCGUCGUUGGAGUGUGAGGUUAAACAGACUGUGGAUCCAGAGGGAAUGCCACCUUUAAGCCCAACUCUAUCCUCAUUGAGCGAAGACGCCGAAACCAUGACGGGAGUUCGACGGGAGAUCGACGAGGACGCUCUUUCUAUGCUAUCCAAAGAAUCUUGCCCAGACCACGCUGGGCGUAAGACGUUCACCGUCUCGAACGACGAGCCAGCGAAGACGGUGUACGAAGCAUGGAUGGUUCUCGAUAGCGGGGGUACCAUCGACCGAGUUGCCUGGAAGACGUUCUGUGGCAUCAAGUUCGGUAGCAAAUGGAAGAGCUACAACGACGGAUUCCUGACCAUCGAACCCCUGACAUCUUACGCUCAGGAAGAGUUGGCCGAAUUGCACGCGAACGCUAUUCGAGAAUACAGUGCUAAGGGCUCUAAGAAGGGAAGAUCGUACGCCCAGGACCUCGCCAACCGAGUCUUCCGUCUCAAUGCGGGGGUGUAUAACCAAAUCCAGUUUGUCAUAAACAACAAGCUCAGGUCAACAAACAGGACUCCGUUCCGCCGCCGCGACUGGCAAGUCGUUGUCCUCGAGGAGGGCGAGUUCCGGAUGACGGAGCUACUCCCGGAGCGCAAGAGGAAGGGCCUGUUCCGUCGCCGCCAAGAGAAACCGGUCGUGCUCAAAUAUUUCGUCGUCCUCCGGGGCGAGGAAGUCAAGGCGGCGAAAGAGGGGGACGGCUGGCGGACGUUCAGCCCUUACUCUAACCCCUGGUGGCGAGUUGACGGGCGGGAAACCUCCGAGGCGCGCAGAAGCCAUCGCGAUCACGUAAAGAGAGUCGGCCAGGCACUCGGUGGGAGCCGUGGGCCUAUCGUUCGCAAUAUGGGAAACAGGCCGAGGAUUUAACGAUACACACGAAUGAUGUUAUGGGACGUAUGGAUCAGUUAUACGGGUUAUGACGGGGUUAUGGGUUUCUAGUUUUAUGAUUUCCGGUGUUGUUAGGUUAGGGGGAUCAGGGAUGGGAUGGGAUAUGAAACUUUUUGCUGUGGCCGUUCUAAAGUUGAGACAAUAACCCUUGGUGUUUAUCCUGUUUCUUUGAUCAUGGAUAGGAUGGUAUUUUCGAAAGAGUUCAUAUCAUUGAUAAGUAGGUAGGUAGUGAUCAACCAAUAGCUUAUUAGAUAGAUACCUCACUUCCAAUCGUUCCUAGCUAGAAAUAAAUUACUAUGCAAAUGGAAGCAUCCAACGGUUGUUAGUUGGCACC